AUGCAUCUGAACUCCGCCCUCGCCAUUCUCGCGGCCUCUUCGAGGCUCGCGCUGGCUUCCCCGGCCACCGACAAGAUCGCGAUUGACCCUGCGCUCCGCCUGAUCAAGACGUCCGAGACCGACCCCGGCACCUGGGUCACCGACGAGCAGAAGAUCGAGAACUACGUCAACAAGCACAUCGGCUUUAUUGACAUCACCGAUAUCACCGAUCCCGAGGUCCUCACUGCUCUGUCCACCCCGCCUGAGGCCGAGCUGGCCACGAGACAGUCUACCUACCCUACGACCCUGACCCACAUCACCGAGGCCAACUCCCUGAUUUCGUCUGUCUCCAACACCAACCCCCAGACUUGGCUCAAGACGUUGACCGACUUCUACAACCGCUACUACCGUUCUUCCUACGGCACUGAGGCGGCCACCUGGUUGUUCAACCAGGUCAAGUCCGUCGCCGCGGCCAACUCCGCCAUCACGGUGUCGCAGUUCACCCACUCCUUCAGCCAGCCUUCCAUCAUCGCCAAGAUCCCCGGAACCAGCUCUGACAUCGUGAUUGUCAGCGCCCACUUCGAUUCCACCGGCGGUUCCUCCACUGCCCGUGGCCCCGGUGCCGACGACAACGGCUCCGGUGUCGUCGUCAUCCUCGAGGCCCUGCGCGUCCUCGCCAACGCCGGCUUCAAGCCCCAGAACACCCUCGAGUUCCACUUCUACGCCGGAGAGGAGGGCGGUCUCCUCGGAUCGCAGGCUGUCUUCGCCAACUACAAGUCCGCCGGAAAGACCGUUCUCGCCGUUGUUAACCAGGAUAUGGCCGGCUACUCACCCUCCGGGAAGGUCUCCGUCUACACCGACUACGUCGACUCUUCCUUGACCUCCUACGUCCGCCUCGUCGCUACCCAGUACACCGGCAGCACGCCGACCAGCGACUCCUGCGGCUACGGAUGCUCCGACCACGCUAGCGCCCGCUCCAACGGCUUCCCCGCUGCCUAUGUCUGCGACGAGCCCAUUGACACCUCCAGCCCUUACAUCCACAGCCCUUCAGACUCCUACGACACUAUCAUGUGGCCCGCCAUCCUGCGCCACUCCAAGUUCACCGUCGGUUUCCUGGUCGAGGCUUCUUACCUGUAA